UUCUGCCCGGGGUCUGGCCUGGCUGGCUGUCCGGAGCGAUGGCUGCAGCGGCGGAGUCGCCCCGCGGAGGCCCCCUCAGCGGGGCGGGGGCGGCGACCUCGGGCAACCCGGUGCCCAUGACUCUCUUUGCGGCCUGGGAAAUGGACGGCUCCGGCCCCAUCUGCGUCCCUCGAUUGUGCAGCCUGACUCUGAAGAAACUGGUAGUGUUAAAAGAACUGGAUAAAGAUCUCACUUCUGUGGUAAUAGCAGUCAAAAUGCAGGGUUCAAAACGAAUACUACGGUCUCAUGAAAUUAUACUCCACUCAAAUGGGCAUAUAGAAACAGAACUUGCACUGACCUUUUCCCUACAGUAUCCCCAUUUCUUGAAAAGAGAAGGCAAUCAGCUUCAGAUCAUGCUACAGAGAAGGAAGCGGUAUAAGAACAGAACGAUUCUGGGCUACAAGACGCUGGCAGGAGGAUCAGUUAACAUGGCUGAGGUAAUGCAGCACCCAACGGAAAGUGGCCAGGUUCUGAGCCUUUUCAGUAGCAUCAAGGAAGCAAUAACCAAAGUAGCAGAGAUUUGGAUCUUCUCAUUGUCCAGCCAGCCAAUAGACCAAGAAGAAAGCACUGUUCAGGCGAGCCAGAAAACUAAGUCAUCAGACAACUAUUCUGAAGAGGAAUAUGAAAGUUUCUCUUCUGAACAAGAAGCAAGUGAUGAUGCUGUUCACGGGCAGGAUUUGGAUGACGAUGACUAUGAGUUGGGGAAGCCAAGGAAACAGCGGAGGUCGAUAGUAAGAACACCGUCCAUAACCAGGCAGCAAAACUUCAAGCAAAAAGUGGUGGCGUUGUUGAGAAGGUUUAAAGUAUCGGAAGAGGUUUUUGACUCUGAGCAGGAUCCAGCUGAGAAUGUUGCAGAAGCUGAAGAAGACCUAGAUCUUCUCUAUGACACGCUCGAUAUAGACAACCCAAGCGACAGUGGUCCUGAGAUGGAAGAUGAUGAAAGUGUUCUCAGCACUCCAAAGCCCAAGCUAAAGCCUUACUUUGAAGGCAUGUCUCACUCAAGCUCUCAGACAGAAAUCGGGAGCCUCCACAGCAUUAGAAGCCAGAGAGACCCACCCAGUCCUGAGAAUCUUCAGCAAGAAGACACACUGGAAACUGAACAGCUUUCUGCUCUGGAUAUGUUCCUUGAAAAGCUUCCACCAAGUGGCAGAAUUAAAAAGACAGAAUCUCUCAUCAUUCCAUCCAUUAGCAGAUCUGAGGGGAAGCAGGCUGGUCGCAGAGGCAGAAGCACGUCCUUGAAAGAGAGGCAGCCGGCAAGGCAGCAGAAUGAACGGGCCAACAGCCUAGACAAUGAACGGUCUCCAGACACCAGGCACCAUUUGCAGAUCCCUAGGAAAACUGUGUAUGACCAGCUGAAUCACAUUCUGAUCUCAGAUGACCAGCUCCCAGAAAAUAUUAUUCUUGUCAAUUCUUCUGAUUGGCAAGGGCAGUUUCUUUCAGAUGUGUUGCAAAAACAUUCUCUUCCAGUUGUCUGCACAUGUUCGUCUGCUGAUAUCCAGGCAGCUUUUAGCACUAUUGUCUCCAGAAUACAAAGAUACUGUAAUUGCAACUCUCAACCUCCCAACCCAAUUAAAAUUGCAAUUGCUGGAGCCCAGAAUUACCUCAGUGCUGUGUUGAGGCUCUUUGUAGAACAUCUGUCUCACAAAACUCCAGACUGGCUCAGCUACAUGAGGUUUCUCAUCAUACCAGUAGGGUCUCACCCAGUAGCACAGUAUCUGGGCUCAGUUGAUUACCGGUACAACAACUUCUUCCAAGAUCUGUCCUGGAGAGACUUGUUUAACAGGCUUGAAGCUCAAAGCACUGUCCAGGAAUCACCAGAUAUUGUCUCCCGAAUAACCCAAUAUAUAGCAGGAGCAAACUGUGCGCACCAGUUACCAAUUGCAGAGGCCAUGUUGACAUAUAAGCAGAAAAGCCCCAAUGAAGAAUCUUCUCAGAAGUUCAUUCCUUUUGUAGGGGUGGUAAAGGUUGGAAUAGUUGAACAGUCCUCUACAACGUCAGGUGACUCGGAUGAUGCAGCUCCUUGUAGUUCCCGUGUCAUUUCCUCUACCCCGCCUUCUGUGUCUCCUGCUGUGAAGGACUCUUCCCCUACCCCACCUUCUUCACCGUCUGUCACGGGCAGCUUUUCUUCCUCCAGCCAGGGUUUUGGUAUGGAAUUGAUGGGACUACAAGUGGAUUACUGGAUUGCAACUCAUGCCAUGGAGAAGAAAAGAGACGUUGAGAAAAAAGAUCCCUCUACUGCUAAGAACACACUUAAAUGCACUUUCCGGUCUCUCCAGGUCAGCCGGCUCCCUGCAAGUGGGGAAGCUGCUUCGUCUCCAACAAUGUCAAUGACAGUUGUCACAAAGGAAAAGAACAAAAAAGUGAUGUUUCUGCCUAAGAAAACAAAAGACAAGGAAUUUGAUGCAAAGAGCCAAUGUAUUGAAGGGAUCAGUCGAUUGAUUUGCACAGCAAAACAUCAGCAAACUAUGCUACGAGUCUGGAUUGAUGGAGUGGAGUGGAAUGACGUGAAGUUCUUCCAGCUAGCAGCACAGUGGUCCUCUCAUGUCAAGCACUUCCCAAUCUGCAUUUUUGGGCAUUCCAAAUUUUAAUGCAGCUGUGUCUGUAGAACAGUUUUGCCAGCAACACAACACGAGUGCCAACUGUUUGUGCUCUCCUGCAAUACCUUACAGGAUGUGUUUGGAUCACCGCUCAGUUACUUUUCUGCUUGCUCUUCAGUUGGCUGCAAGGUGAAGUAGCACUUAAAACAGCAGCAAGUCCGUCGUAAGUCUAGGCCAUCCAACUAAAAACCCCUUAAAGGUCAUCCUACAGAUUUUGCACUUAACUAAUUUUUCAAUACAACUUUGACCACUAAAUGUGAAAUAUCAUUUGUAAUGCUUUUAAAACAUUACAUUGCCAAAAAAGUAGUUCCAGGCAAAAGUAGCUGGUGUCCAGCUUUGUAUUCAGGUUUCUUUCCCGGUGGCAACCAUAUCCAUACACCAAAGCACAGACCCCCAAUCCUUCCACAUUAUUUCCUCGUUCUUUUGAAGUACCCUGUUUACCUGACAGGAAGACUGGAUUUUCUCCCCAUGUGUGUUGUCAAGACAAAGCGAGAGGGGGCAUCUUAAGUCUCCAUACAAGUUACACUAAUGUACAGUAAUAAACUUCUGUGUAUAACUUUUUAGAAAGGGGAAUUGUCUUCCAUUCAUGUAAAUGUAGUACUUUAGCCAUCUUUCCUGUGCUCUUUCAUUGCCUGUAAGGCUCUUCUUGCACACUGUAUGAAUCUUGUUUGGAGGGUGCUUUAAAGGAGACGUCCACGUUCCCUUUGACUGUUGGUGCUGCACAAGCUGUGCAAGGAAUCCUAAGAGAGGACAUCCCCAAUGAACGUGAGAUGUGUUAAUCUUCUAAGACCACCUUCUUCAGAGCACAACAUGUGAACAGGGAACUUCGUGGCAUAAAAGACUGUAAUGGAGGUCGCUAAAUGAAAAGCUGUUUGGGGAAGGGCAUUCAGACCUUAGACUGUUUUUCGGAAGCCCGUUCCCACCUGUUCACAGAGACACUGCAGUUCUCUUUAUGUUUUCAUUAAAGCCCAGACUAUUCAAACUUAGAUUUCCCCACUGUUUAGUAAUUCUCCAGCUCUCUGUAGACUGAUCUCCCUGGAAAGUAACCAGCAGGCACUGACAGGCAUUAUAGUGUCAUUACCAGGCAUUGGGAUGGCCACAGCUUCUUGCGAGUGGGCCGGAUCUAUCAGUGUCCUCAGUUCCUGCGGCUCACCCAACAGAGGAACUCCCAAUAGCACAGCCCCUCCCCUUCACUCAAGAGUUUGGGGGAAGCUACAAAGGAACAUGCACCUGUAACUUCCACAAGGGCAGUCUUGUAACCUGCUGACUGCUCACUGGGGAAAUCUACCCAUGUGGCCAAUCCCCAGGAAGGGCAUUAGUGGUCAGAAGACAAAAGCUUGUUUUAUGCCCAGCAGCAGCAGCAGCAGCAUGACAGGCAGCAGACAAUGGGCCCCUCUCGGACACUGGGAGCUGGUUCUCUACCCACCCACCCCAGAACGAGAGACGGUAGUGCACAUUAGGCAUCCCCCUGCAGCCCUGAUGUCUCUGCCAGUCAUGCAGAGACAGUGGAAAAUACGGGAAAACACAGCAUAACAGAUGUAGGACAAACAACACAAUCGUAUGACUGAACCAUCAAGGACUGUAGUCUCUUUGAAAAGAUGGGUCGCAUUGAGAAUACUGGAAAUUGACCAUAUAUGUGUUUGGUCUUCCUGUGUUACGAAUGUGAUGUAUUGUUGAUAUAUGCUGGUGAAUGAUAUAUGAAAAAAUUACACACAUUGUGAUUCAUGCAUCUUUAUUAACGUUAUUGAAAGAUAUUCCACA